GAUCAGCAACUUGAGUUAAAAAAGAGGAGUUGGUAAAGGAGAUAUUAAGAUUUGAUCAUGGCAAUUUUAAGACCAUACAUCAGGCGAAACAUUAAGAAAAUUAUUUUGUUAUCAUUUCCUAUUCUUUUGCUUCCUGUUCCAAUCGCAUUACAGUCAAAGCCCGGAAACUGUGCCUAUGGUUUCAUGCUGAUGGCGAUCUUUUGGAUUUUGGAGACCAUGCCCCUUCCGGUGACGGCACUACUUCCAGUCUUUGUCUUUCCAUUGCUGGGGGUCAGUAAGGUGAAGACUAUGACCAGUCUGUACUUUAAUGAUAUAACGUUUGUGCUGAUUGGUGGAUUAAGUGUAGCGAUAGCAAUAGAGAAAUGGGAUUUACACAAGCGGAUCGCCCUUAGACUGCUUCUUUUAAUGGGAUCACAACCGAAAUGGUUGAUGCUGGGAUUUAUGUUGAUUACGUGUUUUUUGUCUCUGUGGAUAAGUAACACCGCCACCACGUCUAUGAUGAUUCCUAUUGCCCAAGCCGUUCUUGUACAGCUCAUGAAAACCAGAAAAAGAAAUGUUGAAUUGCUAAAUAAAGAGUUUGAGAUAAGCGUGACAACGCCACUUUAUAAUGGAAAGCAUGAAGAAAAUGGAAUGCAGAAACCCGAAAAAGCUGAGAGUAAACAAGUGGUUGUGGCAAUAGAAAAGAAAGAAGACGAAGAAGAAUUCGAUUUUGAUACUCUGGACCCGUCGUCUCAGAAAUUCUGUAAAGCGUUUUGCAUGUGUAUAUGUUACGCCUCAAACUGUGGGGGGAUAGGGACCCUUACAGGAACGGGGGCAAAUCUGGUGAUGAAAGGACAAGCAGAUUUGUUGGCUGGUGGCGAAUCCGUUAUCAAUUAUACCUCCUGGUUUAUAUUCGGGUUUCCCAUAGCUUUUAUCAACUGUAUGAUCACUUGGGUGGUUCUCCAGAUAGCGUAUUUCGGAGUAAAAGCCCUAUUUUGUCCUGCAAAGAAAGAUGAUUCUAAUCGUGUCCAGGAAGUUAUUAGAAAAGAAUACAACAAGCUUGGAGAUAUAACAUUUGCAGAGAAAGCAGUACUUGGUCAUUUCAUUGUUAUGAUUAUUUUAUGGUUUUCUCGAAACCCAGAGUUUUUCCCCGGAUGGGGUUCUCUUUUUGAAGAUGGAUACCAUGGUGAUUCCGUCCCAGCCAUGAUGAUUAUGGUCAGCUUGUUCAUAUUUCCAAGCAGACGUAGGAUCAAAGAUGACCCUGUCGACAACAUCAAGGAAAUCCCGCCAUUAUUGGAUUGGAAAACAGUUACAAUGCGCAUGCCCUGGAAUGUCGCACUGCUGAUAGGUGGCGGAUUCGCUCUGGCAAGAGCAUGCUCGGAAUCUGGGUUAUCUGUUUGGUUAGCCAAUCAAAUGUCCGCUUUUCAAGACAUCGAUUCCUGGCUAAUGAUAUUUGUCAUCAGUCUCAUCGCAUCGUUUGCUACAGAAGUUACUAGUAACACCGCCACGUCAACGUUGAUUGUGCCUAUCUUUGCAGAGCUAGCUAUAGGGAUGCAUAAAAAUCCCAUUUACAUAAUGUUGCCAGCUGCCAUAUCAACGUCGUUUGCGUUCAUGUUGCCAGUUGCCACUCCACCAAAUACCAUCGCCUUCUCCUAUGGUUAUCUGAAAGUUAUGGAUAUGGUAAAGAUUGGAUUCAUACUGAACUUGCUUUGUGUCGUCGUGUUGACUGUUGCCAUUAAUACCUAUGGAAUGGUGUUCUUCAAACUAGACGAGUUUCCGGAUUGGGCUGAAAAAAUCUUGAAGUCAUCUACCGAAACUACAUCAUUGGGACCUAACAUCACAACGUCUUAUACAGACGGAGUGAUAUAUAACUUCUCUUUGCCAUUACCAUGAAAUGGGCAUUUUAGUUUACAAUAACCAACUUGUUAAAAUCAAUGUUGUGAAAUAUCUGUUUUGCUUACAUACGGGUUAUCGUUGUUCCUUUCGAAUAAAAAGCAAAUCUAUCCUUACA